GCUAUGUUGUCCGGCGUGUUACACAGACGCACCGUUCCACGGAUGCACGGAUGCCCACGUCGCCAUGGAGUUGGCGUGCAUCGACGAUGACUGCAGAGACAUGCGGCGAGACAUGCGCAAGGAGCUGGAAGAGUGGAGGGCGGCCAAAGGGAGAACGAGGGGCAAGGAAAAUGUCCCGGCGCCGAGCUCUCCAUGCAGCCCAGCAACACCACUGACGCCCCGGACCCCACGCCAGCUUCCACGAGAGCUGAAGAAAGCGCAUGUCUUGGAGUUUCCGCGCGAGCUAAGCUCGCGCGAGCCCCGAAUAGGCCUGAGCCCAACACCUUUGGGCGAGCGCUUUGCCACACCCCCGCGUCACCACGCGCCGCCGCCCGCGCCGGCGCUGGGCGCGCCGGUGCCGCGUGACCCGGCGCUGGGCGCGGCGGUGGUGCCUGCGGCACCGCCGCCCUCGCCGCGCGAGGCAAAACGGAAUGCAGGCCUGGAGGGGGGAAGGAAGUUUGCUGAAGUGGUGGGGAAAGCUUUGCAUGUCUACCCGAGGUCCAAUGCAUGGAGAUUCUUGGGGCGCCAGGUAUCCGUGUGGUUCGUCCUCACCCGUUGGGACCUCGCAGGCUUUCACUGCACCCUUCCACCCAGCGUGCUCUUGGCCGCCGUGGUGGCAGCGUUUGAGGAGGAGAACAAGGCUCAGAUCUUGGAAGAGGCAGUGGCAAUGGCGACGGAGGAGAAGCAGCUCCGCACUGAAGAGGAGGAGCUGCAUGACGAACAUGUGGCGCUUUUGGAUCGUUUGAGUAGGCUCCAAGCUGAAGCACUGAGCUCCGGGGAGGAGCAGGCCACGCUGCGGGAACGCUUCGAAGAGGCCACCCGUGAGUUGCAGGCGACGGCGAAGACGGUGGGACGGGGAGGGGUGAAACAUCAGGAUCAUUUGAGCCGAGCACAGGAUAUCUUCACCUUCUGGUUCUACGAGGUGCGAGAUCGUGCGCGCUGUGCACUGCCGCGCUUCCGGAGAUCGGAGGUGCUACCAAUCUUGGGCGUUGUUUUGGAUGUUUUUUGGGCGCCGGUGCUAGAGGUGGGCUGGCGCUGGACCUAUGGAUGGAAGGACUUCGAGUUUGGAGAGCAAUUGGGACGUGGCAGCUUCGGAGUGGUCUUCAAAGUCCUCCGCAAGGAGGAUGCUGUCACCUGCGUUUGCAAGCAGAUCCAGCUGAGCGAGAUGAAGAAGAAAGCUCGUCUGGAAGCGAAUCAAGAGGUGGAGCUGCUCCGAAAGGUCUCUCGCGGAUGUAGCUACAUCGUUCAAUACCUCGGUUCCUUCCUGGAGGGCGAGACUCUCCAUAUCAUCAUGGAGUUCUGCGAGAAAGGGGACUUGAGCCAGUUCUUGAAAUCCCGCCAUAGCGGACUGGAGGAGCGUUCGGUCUGGCGCUACUUGUUGCAGAUUGCGCUGGGUCUACAGUGGCUUCACCAGAACAGGAUCCUCCACCGCGACAUCAAGACGUUGAACGUUUUCCUGAAGACCAACGACGACGUCCGCCUGGGCGACCUGGGCGUGGCGCGGGUUCUCAGCGGCUCCAACUUCGCGAACACCUUCGUGGGUACGCCUUACUACUUGUCUCCAGAGAUUUGCGAAGAGAAGCCUUACAACGAGCUGUCCGAUGUCUGGGCCUUUGGAUGCGUGGUCUACGAGAUGUGUACCUUGAGGCACCCCUUUGAAGCGAAGAACCAAGCAGCGUUGCUCAUCAAGAUCUUGCGAGGGCAGUUUGCACCCAUCGAGACCAGAUACACGGAGGACCUUCGAGAGCUCAUCGAUGGCUGCAUGCAGAGAGAGCUAGGGAAGAGGACCAAGCUCAAUGAUCUAUUGGCAGGAGCUGCUGCCCAGUCCUGGGCGUCCCGGGUGGAGAUCGCCAUGCAGGAGCCGACGAAAGUCCUCCACAGGAGGCCUGAGAAGAGGCUAUCACCACCGACCGCCUCUGGCAGGGCCACGCCACAAAUCCCGAAAGCCGCCGCGCCGCGCUCACGGGUCCGGCAGGAUCCUCGACAGAAUCGCCGCGUCGAGGAUGCGAAGGUCACCCUGGUGGCACCGAAAGCCAAGAGCGACCCGAGGACCCUAGCGCCCAAAGACUCGGCGCGGUCCAAAGAAGACGAGGCGCGAGUGCUUCACGCGGCGGAGGUUGCCGAGCUGCCGGACGUGGUCAUGGUGGCGCCGCGGCCCAGUCGGAACGUGGUCACGGUGGAGCAACUGUUGAGCAAGGACAACUCACCCAUCAAGCGGCUCCUGCAAAGGAACGGCGGAAGCAUGACGCAGGCUGCCUUGCAAGACAUCCAAGAGGAGGAGGUCACCCUACGCCCGGGCUUUCCGGCCUUUCCAACACAGGAGGACGUGGAGGCGGAGAUCGCCGAGGAGAUCGAGGAAGGGGCCGACCACGAGGGAGACGAUGCGGAGUUGACGGCUCGGAGCGCCUUUGAGGAUUCGUUGAUGUACACCAGCAGCACGCUGGCAGCGAGUCGCAUCGGGCCGGAGCAUGAACAGGAGGACCACCCGGACGAGCCAGAGAUGACCACUGAGAUUGAUGGCCUUCUUUGUGACACCUGGCGGACGCUCAAGCUCGAGGACGAGGCAGUGCACCAGGCCGAUGAGGCCUUUUCCACGGUCGCGGAGGCCGUGGAGGCUGCGGAGGCGGAAGUGGAGGAGAAGAUUUCCGAGGAACUUCAGGAGGACACGCCAGCACCCGCUCCAACGGGAGCGCCGCCCUCCGCGCCGCUGGCGCAUGAGCCCAGCCCCGACGCACAAGUGGCGCGGCUCACAGCGCAGAUCCAGCGGUUGUACGCUGAUGUGGUGAGGGACCUGGACCGUCCAGCGCGGAAGGUUUGGGAUGAACUCUACGCCUUGUUCCAGGCCGCCUUCAGAGACGCAUGGGAGCGGGGCUCCAGCCCUGGAGCUCUCGCACUGAGCUCAUCUGGAAGGUCUACAAGGCAGGCCCAGACGGCCGAAGCAGCGCGAAGCAGCGGCCUGUGGAGCUUCCAAGGUCUCCAAAUGGAGAUUGAUAGUGACUUCAGGGACGCGUUAAACUACUAUGGUACCUUUACCAAGGAUGCAAAGAAUGGAUAUGGUACCUUGGCUGCGGGGCCACCGGGAAUUGCACCAAACCGCUCGGUAUACUUCUUCAGCACGUCGACGCUCAGACUGGAACCGGCGGACCGGAAUGAGGACACCGACUCGCCGAACUGGACCCCCCCGCCCAGGUACCUGUCAUUCUUUGCCCCUUUGCUGAAUGCGCUGGACCAGAUGGUCCCGCACGUCAUGAAGUACCUGGCCGGGGAUGCACUGGCUGCCACAAUCAUCGGCUCCUUGGCAGCAGCGGGUUCGACCAGUGGAGCCUGUGAUCUGGCGACUCAGAUCCACUAUUGGACUGAGUUUCGCAAGGCUAUGAAGGAUUACACUCCGCAUGUGGACCUGAAAGCGAAGCGUUUCCUUCCACCAGUCCUUGCUGAGUGGUUUGCAGGCCUACCACAGAACUGGACCUCUCCGACCGCUACUGUGACCAAGGAGUCCUUUAACGAUCUCUUCAAGCCACUCCAGGUUGAAGCUGACAGUUUCUGCGCGCAGAUCAUCCAGAAGCGAAUGGCUGAAGGAUUUUUACCGCCUGGUGAAGUGCAUGAGAAUGUAGUCACCUUCAACCCCAGUCCGAAGGUGCGGGAGAGUGUGACAGGCAUUGAGUUGGGGUCCAAACGCAGGGGCUUCUUACAAUCCUACAACAGGGGAAAUCAGCGAAAGCUCGCAAGUCUCCAGGAGUUCAAGAAGCGUGGGAUGGAGGUGCGAUGGGCAACGGUAGUGGGCCGAAAUGUCGGCGUCAAUGGAGCUGUCCUUGAUGGAGCUGAUGCCUUCACAAGGCGAUGCAGUGAACCGUGGAACUCCCGCCAGCGGCCACCACUGACUGAAUGGCUUUCAGCAGAUUUAACCAAGGAAGAUGAAAACCGCCUUCACGCUCUUGGAAACAUUGUUUUUCCAAGUUUUGGCCAUUUCGCUAUCAAUGUGAUCGAGGAAUCGAUCCGGGGUGAGACAGGGACACAGAGAUCUUUGAGCAGAUCCCGCUCUCCGAAUCGGCAAGUGGCAGCCAGAAUGUUGCGCCAGAAAACUUUGAUACUUGGAGAUUCUGAAGAUGACAAGUCGGAUUUUGAUGAUAGCCAAGCUCCUCCUUAG